GGGCUGGCACAGCCGAGCGCUAGGAGGUGGAGCCGUGGACUGCAGGCUCCGGCGCCUGCGUCCGCCUGGCCGGGCUCUGCGCGGCGAGAGGCCGGACGGGAACCCGGCAGCCGCGCCCCGGAGCUUGCGGGGAGGGACAUGGGGCGCGGCGGCUCUCCCAAGCCCCGCAGGUUCCGGAGCCCGGAGGCUCCCCAAGAGGUCUCUGCAGCGCCCCCUUCUUCUCACCCAGGGUUUGGGUCCCAUAGUGAUUGAGAGACUCCUAAGUCUUCAGUCUUCAGCCCUGCCAUGGCUAAUGGGGUGAUCCCGCCGCCCGGGGGCGCCUCCCCCCUACCCCAGGUCCGGGUGCCCUUGGAGGAGCCCCCUCUGGGUCCAGAUGUAGAAGAGGAAGAUGAUGACUUGGGCAAGACCUUGGCUGUGAGCAGGUUUGGGGACCUCAUCAGCAAGACCCCGGCCUGGGACCCCGAGAAGCCUAGCCGCAGCUACAGCGAGCGGGACUUUGAGUGUGGGUAGCCUGGGGACCCCUAGCACCCCAGCCUUCACCACCAUCACCUUCAUCGCCACCAUUACUGCGCUCACCUCCGGCUUGAUCACUCAGUGUCAUCCUGUGCUGGACGCUGUGCUGGGCCACCAUGCCAUGUUAAGUCAUCCUGCCUCUCAUACCAUCAUCACCUUGUUCACCUGUCAGGGGAGAUGUAGGGGAGAUGCGCCUGAGGUCUCUCUCAGUGACCUUCAUCGUGCACUGGGUCCCACUCACCCUCUGCCCCACUGUGUUUCCUGAUGUGUCUUCCCUCAGCUUCUCUCUUUCUUCGGUACCACAUCUCCCGACUCCCCUUUGCGACUUUCUCUCUAUGUCACUCUUGUCCCCACUCCACCUGGCCUCACCAAUGACAGGAGCAGGGAUGCAUAGUUGGGAGGGGUGUCCUGGCUCUAGAAGAAAGACUGGGGGUGCCUUUGUUUUAGAUCUCACGCUAGAAUAAGGUGUGAACUCCUUGUGGGGGAAGCCCCACUCUGCUUCAGGGGUCUCAACCCACUCUCCUGCACCUCCAGUUCACCGGCACACAUCCCACCACACCCAUCACCCGCUCUCAGCCCGCCUGCCUCCACCCCACAAGCUUCGGCGACCGCCCCCCACCUCUGCUCGGCACACCAGGAGGAAGAGGAAGAAAGAGAAAACCUCUGCUCCCCCAUCAGAAGGGACACCCCCUAUCCAGGAGGAGGGGGGAGCUGGAGCAGAAGAGGAGGAGGAGGAAGAAGAGGAAGAAGAGGGAGAGUCUGAGGCAGAGCCUGUGGAGCCUCUACCCCCAGGUCCCCCACAGAAAGCAAAGUUCUCCAUUGGAAGUGAUGAAGAUGACAGCCCAGGCCUUCCUGUCAAGGCUCCCUGUGCCAAGGCCUUGCCUUCUGUGGGCCUGCAGUCUGACCAGAGCCCCCAGCGCUCCGGCAGCUCCCCCAGUCCCCGGGCCCGGGCUUCCCGAAUCUCCACAGAGAAGAGCCGGCCCUGGAGUCCAUCAGCCAGCUAUGACCUGCGGGAGCGAUUGUGCCCAGGCAGUGCCCUGGGCAACCCUGGGCCAGAGCAGCGGGUGCCCACUGACGAGGCGGAGGCUCAAAUGUUGGGUUCUGCCGAUCUGGACGACAUGAAGAGUCAUCGGCUGGAGGAUAACCCCGGGGUGCGGCGACACUUGGUGAAGAAACCAUCCCGGAUACAGGGUGGGAGAGGCAGCCCCAGUGGCCUGGCGCCCAUCUUGCGCAGGAAAAAGAAGAAGAAGAAGCUGGAUCGGAGGCCUCAUGAGGUGUUCGUGGAGCUGAAUGAGCUGAUGUUGGACCGGAGCCAGGAGCCACACUGGCGGGAGACAGCACGCUGGAUCAAGUUCGAGGAGGAUGUGGAGGAGGAGACGGAGCGCUGGGGGAAGCCUCACGUUGCUUCGCUCUCCUUCCGUAGCCUGCUGGAACUUAGGAGGACCAUUGCCCAGGGAGCGGCUCUCCUGGACCUGGAACAGACCACCCUGCCGGGUAUCGCUCACCUUGUGGUGGAGACCAUGAUUGUAUCUGACCAGAUCCGGCCUGAGGACAGGGCUAGUGUUCUGAGGACUCUACUCCUGAAACACAGCCAUCCCAACGAUGACAAGGACAGUGGCUUUUUCCCCCGAAAUCCGUCAAGCUCCAGUGUGAACUCAGUCUUGGGGAAUCACCACCCAACUCCUAGUCAUGGCCCUGAUGGUGCGGUCCCCACCAUGGCUGAUGACCAAGGAGAGCCAGCCCCGUUGUGGCCACAUGACCCUGAUGCUAAGGAGUUCUGCGUCCUCAGAAGCCCCUCCACAUGCCUGGGGGAGACGGUCACCGAGGGAAAAGCCUGAAACUGCUGGAGAAGAUCCCGGAGGACGCCGAGGCCACUGUCGUGCUUGUGGGCUGCGUGCCUUUCUUGGAGCAGCCGGCGGCAGCUUUUGUGCGGCUCAGCGAGGCUGUUCUCUUGGAGUCUGUGCUGGAGGUCCCCGUGCCUGUUCGCUUCCUCUUUGUGAUGCUGGGGCCCAGCCAUACCAGCACUGACUAUCACGAAUUAGGGCGCUCCAUUGCCACACUCAUGUCUGACAAGCUCUUUCACGAGGCUGCCUAUCAGGCAGAUGACCGGCAGGACCUUUUGGGUGCCAUCAGCGAGUUUUUGGAUGGUAGCAUUGUGAUUCCCCCGUCGGAGGUGGAGGGCCGAGACCUACUACGUUCGGUGGCUGCCUUCCAGCGAGAGCUGCUGAGGAAGCGGCGGGAGCGGGAACAGACCAAGGUGGAGAUGACCACCCGGGGGGGCUAUGCGGCCCCUGGCAAAGAGCUGUCUUUGGAGAUGGGGGGCUCCGAGGCAACCUCUGAAGACGAUCCCCUGCAGCGGACAGGCUCAGUGUUUGGGGGGCUAGUGCGAGAUGUGAAGCGCCGUUACCCGCACUACCCCAGUGACCUGCGGGAUGCUCUGCACUCCCAGUGUGUGGCUGCUGUGCUCUUUAUCUAUUUCGCGGCCCUCAGUCCUGCUAUCACCUUUGGGGGGCUUUUAGGAGAGAAAACAGAGGGGCUCAUGGGCGUGUCAGAGCUGAUUGUGUCCACGGCUGUGCUUGGGGUCCUUUUCUCUCUGCUCGGGGCCCAGCCGCUGCUCGUGGUAGGCUUCUCUGGGCCUCUGCUGGUCUUUGAAGAAGCUUUCUUCAAGUUCUGCCGAGCUCAGGACCUGGAGUACCUCACCGGUCGAGUGUGGGUGGGCCUCUGGCUGGUGGUCUUCGUCCUGGCCCUGGUGGCUGCGGAGGGCAGCUUCCUUGUCCGCUACAUCUCGCCAUUCACCCAGGAGAUCUUUGCUUUCCUCAUCUCGCUAAUUUUCAUCUAUGAGACGUUUCACAAGCUCUACAAGGUGUUCACAGAGCAUCCUCUGCUGCCAUUCUACCCACCGGAUGAGGCCCUGGAGACUGGCUUGGAACUGAAUAGUAGUGCCCUGCCCCCCACAGAGGGACCACCAGGCCCGAGGAACCAACCCAACACAGCUCUGCUGUCCCUCAUUCUCAUGCUGGGGACGUUCCUCAUUGCCUUCUUCUUGCGCAAGUUCAGGAACAGCCGCUUCCUGGGGGGCAAGGCUCGGCGCAUCAUCGGGGAUUUUGGCAUUCCCAUCUCCAUCCUGGUGAUGGUCCUUGUGGAUUAUUCUAUCACAGACACCUACACACAGAAGCUGACGGUGCCUACAGGGCUCUCAGUGACUUCCCCUCAUAAGCGCACAUGGUUCAUCCCACCCUUGGGCAGUGCCCGCCCCUUCCCACCAUGGAUGAUGGUGGCUGCUGCUGUCCCCGCGCUCUUGGUCCUCAUCCUCAUAUUCAUGGAGACACAGAUCACUGCGCUCAUUGUCAGCCAGAAGGCACGGAGGCUACUCAAGGGCUCCGGCUUCCAUCUUGACCUGCUUUUGAUUGGCUCUUUGGGCGGCCUCUGUGGCUUGUUCGGCUUGCCCUGGCUCACAGCUGCCACUGUGCGCUCUGUCACUCAUGUCAACGCGUUGACGGUAAUGCGGACUGCCAUUGCGCCCGGUGACAAGCCCCAGAUCCAGGAGGUGCGGGAGCAGCGGGUCACCGGGGUGCUCAUUGCCAGCCUCGUGGGCCUGUCUAUCGUCAUGGGAGCUGUGUUGCGCCGGAUCCCAUUGGCUGUACUCUUCGGGAUUUUCCUGUACAUGGGCGUCACAUCACUGUCUGGUAUCCAAUUGUCCCAACGUCUGCUGCUCAUUUUCAUGCCAGCAAAGCACCAUCCUGAGCAGCCCUACGUGACCAAGGUGAAGACAUGGCGGAUGCACCUGUUCACCUGCAUCCAGCUGGGCUGCAUUGCACUUCUCUGGGUGGUCAAGUCAACGGCGGCCUCGCUGGCCUUUCCUUUCCUGCUCUUGCUCACGGUGCCUCUGAGGCGUUGCCUUUUGCCCCGGCUCUUCCAGGACAGGGAGCUGCAGGCGCUGGACUCUGAAGAUGCGGAGCCGAACUUUGACGAGGAUGGUCAGGACGAGUACAACGAGCUGCACAUGCCUGUGUGACCUGCAGGAUGGUGCCCCUCCGAGACCCCACCUUGGCGAUUCACAGACCCUAGGAACCCAGCACCAGGGCCAGGCAUUCCUCAGACCCAGGGAUGUGCCUGGAGUCACUGCCCAUGCCAGGCCAGUGGCCCCUUGACUUUCACAGCCCAGACGGCACCGGCUUUGAAGUCAUUACAACACACUCCGUGUCUUG